UCAUAUUUGUAUGUGAUAUAAGUCUAUUUAGUCUACUAGAUGGGACAGAUCUCUUCAAGUAUGCUGCAUUUAUAGACCUCAAAAUUAGAUGCUCGCUUGGAAAGGAGUCCUUCGCCCUUCGCACCUUGACUUUAUUAUCAUGGACCCCUCAACGGCAUCAUCACCUGCGGCCAGUUCAAAUUAUUCCAAGGCUAAGCCUCUAUCAUCGCUCUUGGAAAUGUGUGAUAUGGAGCUGAACAAUCAAAUAAAGGAUAACGCUAAAUGGAAGAAGCGGUCAGAAGACACCACUCUCAAUGUUCAUUUCCCAGAACUAGACAAUCCGUGUUCAAAAGCCUGCAAUAUCCUUCUCAUUGGGUCCAGCAUGCUCGAACGCUUCAAAACUACAGGUCACGAUCUCAACUUAGGCUUGAAGCCUCACAUAUUCAACGCCGGAGUUGGUGGCGACACUAUUCCCAAUGUACUUUACCGCAUGAAUCUAGGCCUCCUUCAGAAAGCCAAGUACCAAGCGAAAGUAGGAACAGUUGUUGUUAAUAUCGGUUCUAAUGAUUUGAAGAAACCAGGUCGGAGCUUGUCGGAGGUUCAACUCUACCAAUUCGCCCUUCACUUGGAGGCAUUGAGAAGAACCUUCCCGAGAAUCGUGGUUACCGCACUAUUCUACAAGAAAGAUGUCCAGUUAUCAGAUGUUGAUCGAAGCAAUGAGGAUCUGCAGAAGAUAGUCUCUGGAUUUCCUGGUGUGGAAUGGCUAGCAGCACCGCAGAUGGAUCUCAUCCACCACUAUGAAGAUCACGUCCACUUGAACAGAGAUGGCUAUGAGGUAUGGGAUAAAUGGCUGGUGGAGAAACUUGGGAUAUAGCAGCGGUGAUAGGUAGAUUGUAUUUGACAAAAUCUCGCAAUACGAAGUCUUGGAUAGGGGGUCGCUUGGCAUAUUUACAGCCAGUAUGCCGGGACAAAACGUACAAUAUGUCAGGAGUCAUUCUACUUGCAGUAGGCCAUCAACCCCAGGUGCGGGUCGGGUAGUAUACGCGGAACUGUCAGUUGUCUACACUGAAGAACUAGAAUAGGAAACCCUUGAAUGGAGCUAAGGUGACUAUACUCUCAACGCGAUAGCAUCUACUAAAUAGUAAACACCAAAUAGUCAUCAGUAUUCCGUGCACGAUAGACU